AUGCAUCAAGGACUCAAUUCCGAGGGCAUAAACACACAAUUGCGCGAAUUUCGGUUCACCGAUGAGAAGUCGGAGGGCGAUAACAAGCCUUCCUCAAGAACCUCCACGCUUGAUAGCGAAAACAGAUUUUUAGAUAAAGCCACCAUCGAUGCUUUACGAAAUCCAGGCAAGAAAAGGAUUAGAAGGCUUUCAGCUGGAAGUAAACUAUCGAACUACUACUACAUAGGGGCUGAGCUGAGAAUAUGUGCUGACUGUGUCAAAAAACCAUCAUCCAGACCACUUUUACGUGAUAUAAUCGAUCGCAAGACCGGGGAGCCCAAAAUUCUGAAAAUAAUAUCCAAAUCGCGCAUCCCACCCGGCCUAGACAGUCUCAACAACUGGCGCACGCUGUGCGAGAAGCUGUUGAACAUGCCACCCAUGCCGAACCUCAUGAGGAUCGAUCAGAUAUGGGAGUCAGAUACUAGUUUUUAUAUAGUGACUGAGAAGUUUAUCGGGGGUGAGCUGUUCGAGUACCUGCUCAAAGAGAAGGCAAUACCUGAGGACAUUUGCAAGUACAUCUUUAGACAAAUUCUCCAGGCCGUUGACACCCUGCACACCAUGAAUCUGCUCCACAGGGACAUAAAGCCCGAAAACAUAAUGUUCAGGAAUCCCACCAAGUCAGUUUUGCCCGUGGCCGAAAGGUACGAACUCGCUCUCAUAGACUUUGACACCUGUAAAAUGACAGACUGCCCUACAGCCGACAAGAGCGAGAUAGUAAAUGGAAAGCGAAGGCUUGUGGGCACCUACGGCUACCUGGCUCCUGAGAUCCUAAGAGGGGACGACUACUCCACUGCCUCCGAUAUGUGGUCCAUAGGCAUCGUUUUAUACAUCCUCAUGACCGGCAUUCCGCCAGUGUCCAUGGACAAGAUGUACGACGCCAAGGCCAGUCAUGCCGUUUUAGCAGCCGCCGAGGCUAACGGCAUAGAUUUUAACACUCCUCCCCUGGUCGAAUUUCCCCUUGCUAGAGAUCUUUGCAAAAGACUCCUCUGCUUCGACAAGCGCAAGAGAAUAUCCUCAGCUGCAGACGCCCUUGCUCACCCUUGGCUGGCCGGUCUGCCAAACAUCUUUGACCUUUCCCUCAGAUUACGGAACAGUCAGGACGGUUCCAACCCUAACAACCGCAGGUCAUUCAAGAACCCUAACAACGGCAACCAAGGCGGAGGCAGUGGCAGCGGCUACGGAAAUGGCUCCGGCGACAACAACGCCAGACACACCUAUGCUGAUAAUCACAACUACCGAAACAACUGCGGCGUAAACCGACAGGACUGCAUAACCAGCGACUAUGCCAUCGACGCCAGCGAGUUCGGCGAGAAACGCAGCAGUGCAAGUGACUCCAACAAGCGUGAUCGCGACUUCGAUGACAUUGUUUUUGACGACAAAACGGUGUCCAGAAAGCACCAGGAAAUGUUGCAAAGCUUAACCACUAACGCAGAAUCUAUUGACGGCACUUACAGAAGACAAAUGAAAAGGAGAGCAAGGGACUACUCUCAAAUUUGUUAA